AUGAUAUGUCUUUCCAUUGAGCGACAUGCUGACCCCAUUAUACGGCACUACAGCUAUGAAUGCAAGGCGACUACACAAGAGCGUCCAUAUACCUCGCGCCCGUCGCGAACACAGCAGUUGCAGAACCCAAGGUUGAUGCCUAAGCUCUCGACGGAGGUUCCCAGUGACCUGACUCAGUCAAACGGCGUGGCGGAUGACAUACUUGCCAAACGAGACGAAGAGCGAGGUCGGAAAAGAGAUCUUGAUGGAGAGGAUACGACAGAUCGCCAUGGACGCUCUCCCAAAAGGACGAGAUCAUUGUCAUCUCAUUCGACGAACUCGGUUUCCACAAUUUCUACCAACCGAUCCGUCUCGGCAUCGCCGGACCGCCGUAGCAAGCACGGCUCACAGAGCAAUGGGCGCCAGGCCGCCUCUGUGUCACCACCUCCUAAGUCUCGCAAGAGAAGAUAUAGUGAUGCAUCUCAGUCUGCCUCAUCAUAUUCCUCCGGUGCACGACAACGCUCGAGGUCAAGGGAGUGGACUGAGGAUAGGAAUAUCCGCCGACGUCGUCGGGAGAGCAGCCCUGAAGAACGAGGAAGACACCGUGAUUCCGGAACUCAUCGCCGAAGCGACCGACGCAGUCGUAGUGUCGACAAGAGCCGAAUUGCCAAGGAGCGACGCUCCAUAACUCCCCCGGAGACUACCACCGACCGCGCUGGAAGACGGUCAUACCGGGACCGAGCGAGCCCUUCGGCUCACGGAAAUUCCUCGGGACGCUCCAGACAGGACCCUAGAGUACGGCCAGAACCGCCUCGAGAGCGAAGCCUGAGUCCGUUUAGCAAGCGACUUGCCCUAACCCAGGCGAUGAAUCAUGCACGGUAG